AUGCGUCGGUUCUUCGGACGCUUCGCUAGUCGCCCGCGCGUCGUCGCUGGUCAUCAGUCGCCUUCGCGUUCGGUGCCCGAGGGCAUCGCACGUCCCCCGUACGCAGUGACCGGCGGCAUGUCGGACCUCAAACCAUUUAUCCCCAUCCUGGACGCAGAGCAGCAGCUGCGGCUGCGAGCAGCCUGCGCAUUGGCCGGGGACAUACGCGAGUUGGCCAAGCCGCUGUGCCAGCCUGGAGCCACCACCGAAGAUAUCGAUCGCCUCGUGCACGAGGAAAUUGUGCGAUGCGGUGCGUAUCCGUCGCCUCUUAACUACGGAGGCUUCUCCAAGUCGCUAUGUUCGUCCGUGAAUGAGAUUGUCGUGCAUGGUAUCCCUGAUAGUAGGCCGUUGGAGGACGGAGACAUUGUCAACAUUGAUAUCUCCGUCUUCCUGGAUGGCUUUCACGGCGAUACGUCGCAAACAUUCCUGGUGGGUGAGGUGGACGAGGCCGGGAAGCACCUGGUGGACGUCACCAACCAGGCGCUCAUGGACUCCAUCGAGCACUGCUGCAAGCCACUCAAUCGCUUUGCUAGUAUCGGGGACUUUGUACAAAAGUUGGCGGAGGAGGAGGGACUGGGCGUUGUGCGGGAAUACACAGGUCACGGCAUCGGUAAAGAGUUCCACUGCUUGCCCUUCAUCCUGCAUCACCGCAACGGCGAGCCAGGCAAGAUGCUGCCGGGCAUGGCUUUCACGGUGGAGCCGGCGCUAACGGAGGGAAGUCCCGAGGUGCGAUGCCAGUCGAGGGAUCUGUGUAGCUGUUGUACCUUUCCUAAACUGUGUUGUGAUAAUUUAUAG